GCAUAGGAAAUGAAAGUGUUCUGGGCACACCACAUGAAACCUCAGCUUCUCCCAGAGGAAUCAACAGUAGCCUUCCCCAAGGACCUGCCUUUCCCUUGUGCUGCUUGGAGCUCAUGUUGUUUCCUGAUGGCAGAAUCAGGGACAUGCCAGCACUAUUCUGAACUGAUGAGGUACCUUCUCUGCAGAGCGGGAUGAGUGGGUGCUCCGGCGGGGAUGUGGUCAUUGAUGGCCAGUGAGGGUGAGAGCACUACAGCCCACUUCUUCCUCGGAGCUGGAGAUGAGGGGCUGGGCACCCGUGGAAUAGGCAUGAGGACAGAAGAGAGUGACAACGAGCUCCUUGAGGACGAGGAGGAUGAAGUGCCUCCUGAGCCUCAAAUCAUUGUUGGCAUCUGUGCCAUGACCAAGAAGUCCAAGUCCAAACCAAUGACCCAGAUCCUAGAGCGACUCUGCCGGUUUGACUACCUGACUGUUAUCAUCCUGGGAGAAGACGUGAUCCUCAACGAACCUGUAGAAAACUGGCCAUCUUGCCACUGCCUCAUCUCGUUCCACUCCAAAGGCUUUCCUCUGGACAAAGCUGUUGCUUACUCCAAACUUCGAAACCCCUUUCUUAUCAAUGAUCUGGCCAUGCAGUAUUACAUCCAAGAUAGGAGGGAGGUGUACCGGAUCCUGCAGGAGGAGGGUAUCGAUCUGCCUCGAUAUGCUGUGCUCAACCGUGACCCUGCCCGGCCUGAAGAGUGCAACCUGGUAGAAGGAGAAGACCAGGUGGAGGUCAAUGGCGCUGUCUUUCCCAAGCCCUUUGUGGAGAAGCCAGUGAGUGCAGAGGACCACAACGUUUACAUCUACUACCCCAGCUCGGCUGGAGGAGGAAGCCAGCGCCUCUUCCGGAAGAUUGGCAGUCGAAGCAGCGUUUACUCUCCUGAGAGCAGCGUCCGAAAAACAGGAUCGUACAUCUAUGAGGAGUUUAUGCCAACAGACGGCACGGAUGUCAAGGUGUAUACAGUGGGGCCAGAUUAUGCCCAUGCCGAAGCUAGAAAAUCUCCAGCUUUGGAUGGGAAGGUCGAACGAGACAGUGAGGGGAAAGAGAUUCGAUAUCCAGUCAUGCUGACUGCCAUGGAAAAGCUGGUGGCCAGGAAAGUCUGCGUGGCGUUUAAGCAAACAGUCUGUGGCUUUGACCUUCUUCGUGCCAAUGGUCACUCCUUUGUGUGUGAUGUCAAUGGCUUCAGCUUUGUCAAGAACUCCAUGAAAUACUAUGAUGACUGUGCCAAGAUUCUGGGGAACACCAUAAUGCGGGAACUUGCCCCACAGUUCCAGAUUCCAUGGUCCAUCCCCACAGAGGCUGAGGACAUUCCCAUUGUCCCUACCACGUCUGGCACUAUGAUGGAACUUCGUUGUGUCAUUGCAAUUAUCCGUCACGGGGAUCGUACCCCCAAGCAGAAGAUGAAGAUGGAGGUGACACAUCCAAGGUUUUUCACUCUAUUUGAAAAACAUGGUGGCUACAAGACAGGAAAAUUAAAACUCAAACGACCUGAGCAGCUCCAGGAGGUGCUGGACAUCACAAGGCUGUUGUUGGCUGAACUGGAGAAAGAACCAGGUGGUGAGAUCGAGGAGAAGACUGGGAAAUUAGAGCAGCUGAAGUCUGUGCUGGAGAUGUAUGGUCACUUCUCAGGUAUUAAUCGAAAGGUGCAAUUGACUUACUACCCUCAUGGUGUAAAAGCUUCUAAUGAGGGGCAAGAUCCACAGAGGGAGGCUCUGGCCCCAUCUCUGCUGCUGGUACUGAAGUGGGGGGGAGAGCUGACUCCUGCUGGCCGGGUGCAGGCUGAGGAGCUGGGGCGAGCUUUCCGCUGCAUGUACCCUGGAGGACAGGGUGACUAUGCCGGCUUCCCUGGUUGUGGGCUGCUUCGUCUCCACAGCACUUUCCGCCAUGAUCUCAAGAUCUAUGCCUCUGACGAGGGCCGUGUCCAGAUGACUGCUGCCGCCUUUGCCAAGGGCCUUCUGGCUCUAGAAGGAGAGCUGACACCCAUUUUGGUACAAAUGGUGAAGAGCGCCAACAUGAAUGGGCUCCUGGACAGUGACGGUGAUUCCCUGAGUAGCUGCCAGCACCGGGUGAAGGCUCGGCUGCACCAUAUUUUGCAGCAAGAUGCGCCCUUUGGCCCUGAGGACUAUGACCAGCUGGCUCCCACGGGAAGCACCUCCCUGAUCAACUCUAUGACUGUCAUCCAGAAUCCUGUGAAGGUCUGUGAUCAGGUAUUUGCCCUGAUUGAAAACCUCACCUACCAGAUCCGGGAACGGAUGCAGGACCCCAAGUCUGUAGACCUGCAACUCUACCACAGUGAGACGCUAGAGCUAAUGCUACAGCGUUGGAGCAAGCUGGAGCGUGACUUCCGGCAGAAGAGUGGGCGGUAUGAUAUUAGUAAAAUCCCUGACAUCUAUGACUGUGUCAAGUAUGAUGUGCAGCACAAUGGCAGUCUAGGACUUCAAGGCACAGCAGAGUUGCUUCGUCUCUCUAAGGCACUGGCCGAUGUGGUCAUCCCCCAGGAGUACGGGAUCAGUCGGGAGGAGAAACUGGAAAUUGCUGUGGGCUUCUGUCUUCCACUGUUGCGGAAGAUACUACUUGACCUGCAGAGAACCCACGAGGAUGAGUCUGUCAACAAGCUGCAUCCCCUGUACUCCCGAGGAGUGCUCUCCCCAGGCCGCCAUGUUCGAACACGUCUCUAUUUUACCAGUGAGAGCCACGUCCACUCUCUGCUGAGUGUCUUCCGUUAUGGAGGACUUCUUGAUGAGACCCAAGAUGCACAGUGGCAGCGAGCUUUGGCUUAUCUUAGUGCCAUCUCCGAGCUCAACUACAUGACCCAAAUUGUCAUCAUGCUUUAUGAGGACAACACACGGGAUCCCUUGUCAGAGGAACGGUUCCAUGUGGAGCUGCACUUCAGCCCUGGAGUGAAAGGUGUCGAGGAAGAAGGCAGUGCCCCAACUGGCUGUGGGUUCCGUCCAGCCUCUUCUGAGAACGAGGAGAUGAAAACAGACCAGGGCAGCAUAGAGAACCUGUGCCCAGGGAAGGCAUCAGAUGAGCCAGACCGAGCGUUGCAGACUUCACCCCAACCCACUGAAGGCCCUGGCCUCCCGAGGAGAUCACCCCUCAUUCGUAACAGAAAAGCUGGCUCCAUGGAGGUCAUGAACAUGCAGUGCACGGGGAACCUGGACCUGAUCCCCUUGCGGGGACGGCGCCGCCGGAGGUCAGGAGACCUCCCCCGGCCUUCCCCAGCCAUCGGCCUACAGCCCCGGGCUGUGUCCACCACUCACCUGGCGUCCUGCACACAGGUGCUUUCUGAAACUUCGUCUUCGAGGCCUGGUGGGUACCGGCUCUUUUCAUCUUCACGGCCACCAGCAGAGAUGCAGCAGAGUGGCCUAGGCUCACAGUGCACAGGGCUGUUCAGCACCACAGUGCUGGGUGGCUCCUCCAGUGCCCCGAAUCUUCAGGACUACGCCCGCAGCCAUGGCAAAAAGCUACCACCUGCCAGUCUGAAGCACCGAGAUGAGCUCUUGUUUGUCCCGGCCGUAAAACGAUUUUCUGUGUCGUUUGCAAAGCAUCCGACUAACGGAUUUGAAGGGUGCUCCAUGGUGCCUACCAUCUACCCCCUGGAAACACUGCAUAAUGCCCUUUCCCUGCGUCAAGUGAGUGAAUUCUUAAGUAAAGUCUGCCAGCGCCACACCGAUGCCCAGGCACAGGCAUCUGCAGCUCUCUUUGACUCUAUGCACAGCAACCAGGCCUCAGAUAGCCCAUUUUCCCCACCCCGUGCUCUUCAUUCACCUCCCCUGCAACUCCGGCAGCGCUCUGAGAAGCCCCCUUGGUACAGCAGUGGCCCUUCCAGCACUGUGUCCAGUGCUGGUCCCUCUUCCCCUACUGCAGUGGAUGGUAACUCCCAUUUUGGCUUCAGUGAUCAGUCCUCCCUAAAUUCACAUGUGACUGAAGAACGUCAAGGCCUUGGGCUGCUCCAGGAGAUCCCUGGGAAUGGAGCACAAGAGCUCCCCACAGAAGGGGAACAAGAGCUUUUUGAACCAAACCAGUCCCCACAGGAGGCACCUGAGGAAACUAACCAGCCAUGCCAGGAUGUUGCUGAGGAGGUCAGCCAGUCAUGCCAAGAGGUGCCUGACAUCAGCCAGCUCUGCCAGAUCAUCCCUGAGGAGGUCAGUCAGCCAUGCCAGGAGGUCCCCGACAUCAAUCAGCCAUGCCAAAAGAACCAUGACCAUGUUAAUUACACAUGCCAGGAAGUCCCUCAGCUCAGCCAGACAUGCCAGACUGACCAACUAUGCCAGGAAGACUUUGAGGAAGUUUACGAGUUUUGCCAGGAGAACCCUGAGGAGAUCAGCCAUCCAUACCAAGGGAUCUCUGUAGAGACUGGCAGGCUGGUCUAUGGGUUUCCUAUAGGGGCUGGGGACCUAGUCAUCCAGGAAACCCUUGAGGAAAAUGACAGACUAGUCCAAGAAAUCCCUGAGGAGCUCAGCCAGCCCGGCAAGGAGGUCUCUGCGGAUGUUGACAGGCUAGACCAGGAGGCUUCUGCAAUCAGUCUUUUGCUUCAGGAUGUCCCUGAGGUUGAUAAGCCAUCCCAAGAAUUCCCUGGAGAGGUUGAUUUGCAGAUCCAGGAGGUCCCUGAGGAGGUUGAUCAGCAGUCCUGGAUGGUCCCUGAGGUGACUGCCCAACUGCCUGAAGAGGACGUUCCCCAAGUCCAGUAUCCAUCUAGUGAUCCAAACCCUCAGAGCCAGUCUCUAGCCCAUGACCAGUACUCACCCCUUCCACCAGGAACAUAUGAUUGAUCAUUUUCUCAUUAUUGGUGUCACACUAUACCAGCCAUUUGAGCCAGCAAUCUUUUUUUGUUGGCUGACUCGCUGGCCAGCAAGAGACUAUGGCUGUCACCAGAGGUGUCUGAGGAAGCAGUUCUCUUGGAAUGAAGUAUACUUGUGCCAGAGCUAUGCUUGGGAGAAACCAAUUUCAUGUACAAAGCAGUUGUUGGUUCCUUAUCUAGUCAUUAUACUUGACCAGGAUUUCCUUGAGGUGGGCUGAUCUGUCAUUGUUCAGCCUACUCUGAGCAUCACAGGAGAUCCCAAAUCAUUGAGGGAAAUGCCACUUAACUGCUGAAGACACAAUCGGGGAACAGCAAAUGCAAAAUGAAGGACUCCAGGGUCUUUACUUUUGUGGAAAUACUCACAAGUUCUCAAGGUACCCUUAGACCAUAUGUGCAUUCAGGGGGACUCUUGUCUUUGCUUGCACUCCUCAGGUGGGCCUAGGAUGGCUAUCUGAAAAGUUUGGAAAAAAGAGUCCUCUUCCCAAACAUAUGUCAUGGCCACUAAUCUUAGACUGAGCUUAUGGAUGUUUCUAUAGCAUCCCUAAGUGUCCCCUCUGCUCCAGUCCUAUUCCUCUGGACAAUAGCUCUAGAGAAAAAUAGGUAUUAAGUUCCUGUGCAAUUUCAAAGUAAGUCAGAUGCUCUAGGGGAUUGUCAUCCAACUUGUGAAGCUGGACGUCUCUAUUGUAGAGCUGUUUGGCUUAGGAGAUGCUGUAGUAGAGAGAAUCAGGUUCUAUUUUAAGCAAUCAUUAUAGAUUGAUAUUGUACAGACAUGAACAAAGAUUUAAUAAAUAUGUGUGUAUAUAUAUAUGUAUAUAUACACAUGUAUAUAUACAUAUGUAUGUAUGUAUAAUUUUUAUAGUUGUGCCAGGACAGACUGGCCAAUGACCAAAUACUCCAGGAUUCUUAAGAAGUUCAUCCUUAUAUCAUUGUGUUUUUAGGGCCAGAUGUGAUUAUAAAGCUUUUCCCAAAGAUCUGGGGAUGGGAAUGGGGGUGGGUAGAUGACUAAUGUGAUCACUAAAGUGGGGGCCGGAACAUUAUGAGUGCUUAAUAAAUGCGAAACAUGAGAA